UUCCGUGAUGUGACGUUGUACAGGAACAUGGCGCUUUGGAGGAUAGGUGUUUCAUGAUAGUCAGGGCUAUUGAUUAAUUUCCUGUAACUAUUUUAAUUUAACUGAUAUCAGGGUACACACAACAGAUAUGAUAUGUCGUGAACGGUGGUCGCUACUUUUGUCUCAAUGGACAACGGUACACUACAAUUCGUAGCGGUAUUUGCUGUCGUCAGCUAAAAGAUCAGCCAUUUGUUGUUUAGGACGACGAUUCCAGUUGGCUAUCGGUUUGUUAGCUAAGCUUGGAUUAUGGAGAGCCGCCAUGGAUAUGUUUUGUUGCUGGCCAGUGGGAUUUUUCUGUCGGCGUUUUGGCUGUCUGAAGGUGCCCCUCUUCAAUAUUCUCACAAAUCAGGUGGAAGCACAGGAGACAUUGUGUCUCUCUGCCUGUCCCUAGUGGUAUCACUGACGGCACUUGUGGCCUUGGUGGUGUUGCUAGUGAACUGUGUGACCUGCUGCAAGGGAAGGGAGAUCAACUUCAAGGAGUUUGAGGACCACCUUGAAGAUGAUAUUGACUUCACCCCACCAGCAGAGGACACGCCUUCUAUGCAAUCCCCAGCUGAGGUGUACACCCUCGCUGUGUCCCCUGUGGCUCUGCCUGGACCCCCACACCUCCACCCUCCUGCGCGCAUCAAAGAGGGAUCCACAGGCUUCCAGGUUGCACGUCACAGUCUGAGUUAUAUCCAGGAGAUUGGCAAUGGCUGGUUUGGCCAGGUCCUUCUUAGUGAAAUCUACACCGAUCCAGGUGGAGCCAGAGUGGUGGUGAAGGAGUUAAAAGCUAAUGCAAGUGCCAAGGAGCAGAAGGACUUCCUGCAGCAAGGAGAUCCGUACAGAGUGCUGCAGCACCCGAACAUCCUCCAGUGCCUCGGACAGUGUGUUGAGGCCAUUCCCUUCCUGCUCGUUUUUGAGUACUGUGAAAUGGGGGAUUUGCGGGGCUAUCUGUCUCAGCAGGACUGGAUGUUCCGAAAUGCUGAGUUGCUGCAGCUGCAGAGGAUGGCCUGUGAAAUUGCUGCUGGUGUCACUCACCUUCACAAACACAAUUUCCUGCACAGUGAUCUGGCUCUGAGGAACUGCUACCUAACUGCAGAUCUUACCGUCAAAGUGGGAGAUUAUGGAGUCGGACCUUACAGAUACAAAGAGGAUUACAUCAUCACAGAGGAUGAUGUGUUUGCUCCCCUUCGUUGGUUGGCUCCUGAGCUGGUGGGUGAGCGUCAUGGGAGUGUGAUUACUAUGGAUCAGACCAAACCCAGCAAUGUGUGGGCCCUGGGGGUCACAUUGUGGGAGCUCUUUGAGAAUUCUGAUCAGCCCUAUCCACAUCUGUCUGACCGGGAGGUGCUGAAUCAUGUGAUCAAGGAGCAACAAGUCAAACUAUUUAAGCCACAGCUAGAACUUCCUUAUUCUGACAGAUGGUAUGAGGUCCUGCAGUUCUGCUGGCUGUCCCCAGACAAGCGGGCCACAGCAGAGGAAGUGCACCGUUUGCUUACCUACCUGCGCAUGCAGGGCCAGAAGGACAUAGAAGAAGAUUUUGAACAACGCUGGGAUGCUCUCAAGCCCAACCCAUCCGCUCGGCAGACCACUGUUAGCCACUCUUCUUUCCCAAUCUUGGAACAGUUUGCUGAUGAUGCCCUGCGGCAAGAGAUUGAUGAAAUUCUUACUGUCACUGAAACUAGCAAAGGUCUCAGUUUUGAGUAUGUUUGGGAAGCAGCUAAGCAUGAUCACUAUGAUGGCAGCCAUGGUCGCUCAGGCAUGGACACAAUGUUGAACUACCACAGCAUGUUCUUUCCUGUUUCCAGUGAAGAUAUCCAGGCACAUUUCCCUGAUCCUGUAGCCAGAGCAGUGGGCACAGUAGGUGCAAACACUCCAUCAGGAAUACCUGGCAUUGUAUCAGUCUUGGAUUCACAAAAGCCAUCUAAUGAAAAUGAAUAUUACAUACAACUCGAAGAACAAGGGGGGCACACUCUUCCAGGAGAUGGAAAUAGAGGACAAGACGUGGACUUUAAUUCAGGUCGACAAGACUUUGUUGUUCUCCAGGAUGUCCAUCUUGAUGAGUCUAGCACAGAUGCCGAUUUUUUCCACCAAAGCAUUGACUCCAAGGAUUCCUAUUUACCAGACAGUCACAUUUGGUCAUCUCUUGAAAAUGACAGCCCAUACCACACCAACAUUUUCACAGAGGGAGGGGCCAAGCAAGAGGACUCACCUUCCUGGAGACAGAGUUUUAUGGAGAUUCCAGAGCCCAAUGGGAACCCUUUCCAUGGUGGUGCACCUUUAGAAGUUCAGGAGGCAAAUAAAAAUAAAAACUACAGUGAUUCUUUUUUAGGGGAUUGUUCAGAAGCCACUCUCCUGUUGAGUCCUGUGCAAGUGGAGAGGGAUAAUACAGAUGUGAUGAGGCUUCUGAGCACUGAAAAAUUAGCUGACAACUUUCUCAAAGAACAGAACCUGAUGAAAGAUGGAUCUGGUUUCUCUAGUCUACAGCAAAAUUUUCUUUCACCUGGCAUAGUCCAUGAACCAGAAGAAUCAUUCAGAAUGAGUUCUUGGGACAACCUGGGGACUUUAGGCAGCUUAAACACAGCAGACACUUGCGUGGAACCUGCAGAAAGUAGCACAUCCUUAAGACAAGAAAUUCUAGACUCUCCAAGUACCAGUUUGGAGGAGUUCUGUCAGUCUCUGGUAGAAAAUGAAACACUGGUGCCUUCCAUUACAGUGGUAACAGAAGAUAACACAAGCAACCAGCUGCCAUUUGGAAAUAGUUCUUCCACUGAAGACCUUGAUCUGCCGCAAUCCUCAGACAGAGUUACAGACUCUGGUUUUGAUUCUACCUCGGAGAGGUUAGAGGUUAUCAUUAGUCAAACUGAUGACCACAACCCUACAUUCCCUAAAAGUGCCACUACAGACUCAUUGUGCUCCGAUGCCAAAAUUCCCAGCCUCGUAGAUGACCAUGGAGCCUCGAAGGAUGGUGCUCAGCCCAUAGGAAGUAAAAAGCAUGAAAACGUCCAAAACAACAAACAUAGUGAAGACCUAACAAGUAGUGACCUGUUGAGUGACCUUAUUGAGAAUGCAGAUAUAGAACUGGAAACCACUCUAUCUGACCAGGAAGAAUCCUUUAUGGAUACUAAUGGGGGUCCUCUUGUGAGAUCUUCUCUGUUGGUUUCUGGGCCAUCUUUGGACCAGAUCAGCCAGGACAGCUUACUGGACGACAGUAUGUCCACUACUCUACCAACUGCAGAUCAAUCAGCUGAGACACCGGACUCUUUAGACUCCCUUGACAUCCACAGACUUGGGGAACAGGUAGAAGAGCUGAAUGCUCCAACAGCUCAACACAAACUCCAGCCUCCUUACAAAAUAUCAGACAGUGGGUAUGAGACCGAGAACCUAGAAUCUCCUGAGUGGAAUUUUCAGCCUAAUGUUACAGACCACUCUCUUGAAAAAAAUGGCAUCAGUGUUGCCAAAGAAGAUGAAGACACAGAAGAGCUUACAGCUGCAACAAAUCUGAUUCCCCCAGAGAUCAUCAUUUCUGAAGUGGAGGGUGUACGGGACACUCGCACUGAGGAUCCUUUUGAAGGCCAGCAGCUGGAUUAUGUAGCUCCUCCAGAGGAGCCAAUCUUGGGCAGUAAUUACAGAGACUCUGCCUACUUCUCAGACAAUGAAUCAGAACCUGAGAAGAAGUCUGAAGAAAUGAUUGCAGAAGGUUCUGCUGAAGUCACGCUGAUGAGGACCUCUCCUGAUGAGGUUGGUGGGUCUUCUGGGGGUCUGGCAAUGGAAGUUCAUGACAAGAGAGAUGUAGAUUCUAUAUUUACUCAGCAUGAGUUGUCUUUAGCUUCUGAAGCACUGGCACCUGAUGCUCAUGUUGGGGGUAUAUUACCAGAAGCAGAUUCAGAUAUCACAGAAAAAUGUGAGAGGGAGGUCACCAAUAGCCAUAAUGAGGAUGGAAACAAAUGGGAGGUUUUCAAGGAUGUGACAUCUCCUGGUCAGCCAGAGCCAUCAGAAGAUCCUAAAACCUCGACUCCACUUCCUUCUACUUCUCCAUCAAAGGCGGCACCAGAGACUGCAGUUCAUGCUAAACUAACCAGGACCUACGCUAGUGAUGGGCAUAAAAUAAAAGAGCCCGAUAUGGAGGGACGUUACUUGGGGAAGCGGGAUGGUUUGAGUUUAGAUGGACAGGAGGAUGGUGUGGAUGCAGACGAGGAGGAUGAGAACAGUGACUCUGAUGAGGACAUUCGUACAUAUCAUCUACAUGGCUCCAGCUCAGAAAGCGAUGACGAUGCAGUGCAUACAGUGCCGCUUAUUGUCUCGGAUGACAGUAGCGCAAAGAACCUGAAGAGCUUGUUGAAACCCACCACCCUGAAAGUCGAGGCAUCAUCUUCCCCGCUUCCAACGAGAUCUAAUGCAGAUAACUCCAGAAGAGCUGUGUCAUUCUUUGAUGAUGUCACUGUCUACCUGUUUGACCAGGAGACUCCUACCAAGGAACUGAGUGACCACUCCUCAGGCUCAGACAGUCAAGUAGCCGAGUUCAUCAGCCCAGUUCCCACUGCCAGCUACCUGAACCGGUUCAUCAACUCUGAAAGCUCCACAGAUGAAGAAGGUGGUGGUUUUGAGUGGGAUGAUGACUUCUCCUCCUCUGUACCUGCCUUCCUGCCCAAGACACAGGAAGACCCAGUAUCCAAGGCUAUGCCAUCAUCCGUAGCAUCUCGCUUUUCCUCUCCUCCCCCAGUAGCAGUGCGCAUGCUGGAGCCCAGCUGGACCAGCUCCUCAAACUACUCCCGUUUUUCCAUCUCACCCACCAGCAUCGCUAGCUUCUCCCUUACGCAUCUCACUGACUCAGACAUCGAACAAGGAGGAAGCAGUGAAGAUGGAGAAAAAGACUAGUUGGAAAAAUGAAGGGACCGCCUGUCAUCACACUGUUGAGAAAUGAACCUGUAUCGCACUUUUUGGGAAUGGGGAACGGCUGAAUAAAAACAGAUGAUGCAGUUUGUGGGGCAAACUGUGGAUGUUUCUCUCAGGCAGAACUGUUCUUCAUGGAGUUGGCCAUGAAAACUAUAAAGUGGCGUUCGGCAAAUAAGACAGACAAGACCCAGACCCUGUCUGAGCCACAUCACCUCUCCAGCGAUGUUGGUGUGUGGUUUCUGUUCAGUGCAAUUCCACAUUGAAAAAAGAAAACAACUAAAACCAGUCCUAGCUUCUAAUUAUUUGCUUUAAAGACUCAUCAAGCGCAUUCCAAGUGUGUGGCUGCUUCUCCAUGUUCUUUAAGUGCACUCCUUUCCCAGGACUUAUGCAUCACCAAAAAAAAAAAAAAGAAGACAUUUUGAAUUAAUGAAUCAAGAACACUAGGCCGGUAAAUUCAUCACUACAGCCAAAUAGGAAUAAGCUCUUUGAUUUCAGCACACCUAUAACUGAAGAGAUAAGCUUUUUCUAUAGCAUUGUUUGUUUUGCUCCUACAUGUUGUGUGAUUAUUUCAGUGAUUGCCUUUUUUCGAAGAGUGAUUUGUUUUGCGUAACCUCCUGUUGGGUUUAGUCACAAUCUCCUAGUUGGAGAGAACCUGUGCGGUAUUCUUCUGUAGCAGCAUUUAUAAAGAAGAGUUGAAACUUUGGAAGCUCCAUCCAUCCAUUGGAAAGCUAUCAGUCCCUUAUCUGGAGAGGUGACGCACUGUAUGUUUCUUUAUUUAUAUUUUGAAGGAAACAUUCAAAGGAAGUAGUUUCAUAUUUUUGAGACAUCUUGGUAAUAAUUGUGGGUGUUAUUAGAUGAGGAUUGUCAUAUGAAUCCUUGGGGGGGAGGGGAUUUUGUAAUUCUCCGUUUUAUGCUCUGAAAUGUGCAACAAGUUGAUUGAUCAGUUGUCUCAGCUGCUUGUCACAGAGUCUUAUUGCAGUGCCAGAUGAUGUAAAAGACAGCGGCACUUCAUUUAUUAUCACUACAAAAUUUCAAAUCACACGUUUUAGUGAGAUUGUGUAGAAAGUGGAGAUUUUAUUUUUAAAUGUCAGAAUGAAGGACUGUAUUGAGGUGGUUGUAAACAAAUGUGCAAUGAAUUUCAUUAAUUGAUGAACUGACUUAAUAGGAUGACUUGGUUAAUGUGGCAGUGUCUUUGAUAAUGUGCAGGGACUUGAGCUUCACACACACAAAAAAAAA